AUGCUGGUGGAAAAGCCGAGUCCGCCUCAAAGUUUGGGACUUGUAUCCCUGACAUGCAACAAAUGUAGUGUGGGCCUGCUGGGUGUUUGCAUGAACACUGCGGAUGAGGUCUGCAUAACCAACACAAGUAGCUGCUUCACUGGAAGGGUUAGUAAGUACCCUUCCCCGCCUCAACCCCCCCACCUCCCUCACCCAUCCGCUCUUCUCAUUCAGCCCACCUGGAUGACCUGCUUAGUAGAAACUACCCACCCUUGUACACACACACACACACACACACACACACACACACACACACACACACACACACACACACACACACACACACACACACACACACACACACACACACACACACACACACACACACACACACACACACACACACAGCAUCAUGUUCACUGUCAUUCUAACUCUACUAUUUUCUCUCUCGCUCUUUCUCGCUCUCUCUUUCGAGCCUUCCCUUCCCUCACUACUUUCGCAGGCUUCAACACCCAAGGCUGUCUGGAGAGUGCUAUGUGCAACACCACCACCAACGCCACCCUCCUGGGCACCACUUACACCUCCGUCAAGGCCUGCUGCAACUCCUGCAAGUGCAACCCAGUCACAAUUAGCGGCGCAACUUCCGCCAAGCUCUCUGUCACCACAGCUCUUGGCGCCGCCCUGGUGGCCUCCGUGUGGAGCAUGCUGUACUAGACCUACUAGAGGAGGGUUUUCCAAACU